AAAAAAAAAUUUUUUGCCUUGUAGCAAAGAGAAUUUAAACUCUACUUUGUAGUGAUAGACAGACAGACAAACUGUAAGGUAUUGUUUUCCAUUCACGAAAAUAUUUAAUAACAAAUACAGUUUUAUUAUGUAUCAGAAUGGAGAAAAUUAUUGUUCCCAGUAGUGUGAAAAUAUUGUUACAAACCGAAGCAAUGUAAAUAUUGAAUGGCCUACUUAAAAUAUAUAUAAAUAUACUUUGAAAAUGGAUGGGGGUGAUAAAAUACUUGUAGCUGCUGGUCUCACAGCCGCAGUAGUGGUUGGUGCGUUUGUGUUGUGGGGUCCAGGAGGUGCUCCUAAGGUUAGGAAGCGGCGUGGGCAAAUAGCUGGACUCCACAACCUUGGUCGAACCUGUUUUUUGAACACGCUCCUACAGGCACUGGCAGCCUCUCCAAUUUUUAUAGACUGGUUGAGAAAGUAUGCUAAAGCUGAUGGACAGAAUAGUAUGAUAACAACUUUGUACACUGUCAUUGAAGUUGUGAAUGGCACACAUGAGUCAGCACGGGGCACUCCUGUGUGUCCACUGGGAGUCCUGCAGGCGCUGAGAGCUGCUGGAUGGGUUGUGCCAGCUGACCAACAAGAUGCUCAUGAACUGUUGCAUGUGCUGCUCACUUGCAUUGAAGAAGAGACUGCUGCUAUGGCUAGAAAGCCGGGCUGCCUGUCGGAUGCCCUGGGGCUGAGCGGAGGGAAGGCGUGGUCUGCGCUGGCGUCCCCCGCGUCGCCGCCGGCGGGCUCGUGGCCGCUGCGCCCGGCCCGGCCCGCCUCUGCCGCGCCGGCCGAACCGGACUUGGUGGACUCGGAUGAAUGCGGUGCGGAGUCACCCCCGGCGCCGCUCCGCAAGGGCGUGUCGCGCUCCUUCUGCCAGCUGAGCGGCGUCGGCCGGCGCUGGCUGGCCGGCCCGCGGCCGCGCCCCGCGCCCGCGCCGCCCUUCUGCGGCACGCUCGCCUCGCGCACCGCCUGCACCGCCUGCUCCACCAAGAGCCCGGUCCGCUACGACAAGUUCGACAGCAUCUCUCUGUCAAUGAGCAACGCGAACGUCGGACAGAGUGGCUCCUACAGCUUGGCAGGCCUGCUGCGGGCGUUCACGGCGCCGGAGAUGGUGUCGGGGCUGCGCUGCAGCAAGUGUUGUGCGGCCGAGGGCGAGCGCGCCGGCACCAAGCACAUCCGCACGCUCAGCUUCGGCAAGUUGCCGUGGUGCCUGUGUUUGCACAUAUCUCGCGUAGAAUGGAGCGUCGGUGGGCUCAGCAAGCGCGGGGACUUCGUGGCGUUCCCCGAGACACUCUGCUUGGCGCCGUACACCGCGCACCGGCCCGCGCAGCCGGACCUCUCCAAGCUGACGGAGGCGUGUCGCCUGCGUGCCGGCCUAUCGCUGCUGAACGCGGGCGAGGGUGCGGGCGAGGGGUCGAUCUCCGGAGCGCAGUACCGGCUGGCCGCCGUGGUGGUGCACGUGGGUGGCCCGCGCUCCGGACACUUCGCAACUUACCGCCGCGGGAACGGCUUUGAGAACAAACGCUGGUGGUACACGUCAGACACGCUGGUGCAUGAGGUGUCGCUGCAGGAGGUACUGCGCUGUGCCGCCUAUCUGCUGUUCUAUGAGAAGCUGCUCGAGGCCACACCGGCGGCCCUCAGCACACAAUUCUGAAUGGCUACACACCAAACUCAUUAUCCUAGUGUUACUGUCGACAAAGCAGUAUCCUUUGGGAAUUUAAAAUAAUUUAAAGGUACUAAAUUGCAAUGUACCUGAUCUUUACACCCUUUUAACAAAAUAUUUUGUUAUUGUUGAUAUAUUUAUUAUCAUUAAUUUUAAAAGAACUUUGUAUGAAGGGUCAUCUAAGUAUUACAGUAAUUAUACAUUUUGUAUGUAAAUAUUUAAUUAAAAUAAAUGACAAAGAUGCUUCACAUUGACUUAAAUAUGAAUACAAAACUGUGUUAUGUAAUUUUGUGAAUAAUUUGUUAUGUGUAAAUCCAUUUAAUAAUAUUUGUCAAUCCAUAACUUAGGUCUUAGAUGAAAUAAUGUAUCAUACCAUAGCAGAGCUAGGAGCAAUGUUUGCGAGUGAUUCAUUCAGUGAGAUUCAAUAUCUUUCAAAAAUAUUUUACUACAUUUAUGUUAUAUUUCAGUGUCAUAAAUGUGGAUGUAUUAUUGUUUUUUUGGUACCAUGAUAAUUUCUGAACUUUUACUUAAGUACUUUAUCAUAGCUAAUUCUCACCAAUUUAAGUGAUUGAUAAAAUAUAUCACACAAAUGGAAACCGAGAGCUAAAAGUAUAUACUUUUAGUUCCUAGUGCCCUAGUUUGUUGAGGCAUUUUUAGUGAACAUUGCGAGAGAAUGCCAAAAAUAUCAUCAGCAAUUUUUUGACAUUAAGGAAUUUCAGUCUAUUUCAGGGUUUAAAUAGACAAGUGCUAUUAG